AAAUAAAGUAAUAUUAAUUUUCCUCAGAAUUAAAAUCUGAAAAAUGUUAAUUUUACUUUUCCCAACUUUUCAAGUAACUGGGCGGAGUACAACAAUUGCAACAGAAUUAGAGUGAGUUUAUAAUCCUUUAAGCUCCUUUAUCCGACGAGAACUAUAGAGCUUAUAUCAUUUGAGCAAAUCGUUUGAAAAUAAAACACGCACGUGAAAGUGGGUUAACUCCUUCGUGCCAGAUUUAAACGGAGUCUGAGACGUGGGAAACACUGUAUAAAGCUCAUUAAUUGGGCAUCACCCGCCACCACCUCCGCCGUCUCCGCCACCCGGAAGCUCAACCUCUUCUUGCCAGGUUUUGCCCUAACUCCUGGCGAAGAAGUGAAGUGAGCAACAAUUAAACAUAUUAUUCUGUUUUGCCGAGGCGAGAAAAAUAGAGCCACAAAAAAAGCCCUAUCAGUUAUUUGAUUCUUCAGCCAAGAAAUAAAUCUCGAAAGUGGGAAAGGGAAAGUCUCAGAAGAAGGGAAUGGUAAGCUCGAAGGAUGACUCCGCCAGCGACGGCGAGAACUCAUCCGGAGAAGGUCCAGAGUCGGAUUCCGCUCUGUUUUCUGAGGGCGAAAAGGUCCUCGCUUACCAUGGCCCUAAAAUUUACGAAGCUAAGGUUCAAAAGGCUGAAGUGCGAAAGAAUGAAUGGAGAUACUUUGUGCAUUACCUUGGCUGGAAUAAGAAUUGGGAUGAAUGGGUAGAUUCUGGGCGUCUUAUGAAAUACACCCAAGAGAAUGUUCUGAAGAAGAAGGCCUUAGACAAGAAAAAAGGAACCGACAAGAAUGCAAAAUCAGGUCGUUCAACUCAGACAAAACCCAAAAGCUCAGCUGAUGCUAAAGGAGAGAAGGAGGAAACAAAAAACGCCGCAUCAAAAGGGAAGAAGCGAAAGGCAGAUUCAGCAAUUGAGAAAGACAAUAGAUCGACAGAGAAAUUAGUUAAGAUCCAGUUACCAUCUACUUUGAAGAAGCAACUUGUUGAUGAUUGGGAAUUUGUAACACAGCAGAAUAAGUUGGUAAGACUGCCACGCUCCCCCAGUGUUGACGAUAUAUUGACAAAAUACCUUGAGUACCGUACAACAAAGGAUGAAAAGAUCACUGAUUCAGUUGGAGAAAUUCUGAAUGGAUUGCGGUGUUACUUUGACAAAGCGUUACCAGUCAUUCUUUUAUAUAAAAAGGAGCGCCAGCAGUAUCAAGAAACAAUUUUAGAUAACACCUCCCCAUCAAGUGUAUACGGUGCUGAGCAUCUAUUGCGCUUAUUUGGUACGAUUCAUGCUACAAGAGAAUUAUCUCUUACAUUAGCAUCAGUUUUCAUUCUGGAAGUGAAUGUUACUUGGUUUAAUGAUAAUGAGGACCCGUUCAUUGUGGUUCACACGCUGCCAAAUAGACUAACUGAAUCUGGUUAUUCCUUCGUAUUCAAAUUGUUUAUCCCUUUCUGUUGUUCCUGCAGUAAAGAUGCCGGAGUUAUUGUCUUGCGUAAAAAUUGAAGAGGAGACUCUUGUCCUGUUGCAGCAGAAACUGGUUGACUUUCUCAAGUAAAACUCAUCUAUCCUCUUCCAUUUGCUGUUAACAUUUAUUUAGCAUGAGAAUCGUAACCACCUUGGACAACAUCGUGAUUCGUGUCAGUGUCCCUUUCGGAUUUAUCAUCGAAAGAGAAAGUAUGGUUCUUGGUGAUGUACUAGUGGGACAUCAUAAGUAUUGUUGCCGAAAGCUUUUACCACAUCCAUGUUGGUACAAGAGUGCUAUGCUGAUUUUUGUUUUAAUCCAUGUGGUGUUUUUCUGAUCAGGUUUCUGCAAAAGAAUCAAGGUACCUUCUUUCUUUCAGCCUAUGACAGCCCUAAAGUAUCUGAAGGAAGUGGAAAGGGGAAAGAGAACUGAGUGAGGAACAAAUCAAAAGUGAUGAUCUCCCAAGCUCUUGUUUGUAACAGUAGUUAUAUACAGUAUUGUUAGUUUGAUUGGAUAACUUCAGUUCGCAGGGUAGCUGUGUUUAUAUACCGAAACCAUAUCUGGCCCUUUUUUUGUAACUUUCCUUGUGUGAAGAAGCUUUGUACAUCUCAAAGAGCACAUUCUUAUUAAUAGAUGUGAUUCAUUUCCCCGGCUACCAACAGAAAGCUCCACUUCUUUUCUAUUCUACCUCUUUU